AUGUCAGGACCGCAUGCCAAUUCUAACAUCAGGGAGGCUUUGACUCGUCUUGCCAGGACCGUUUAUGCCGCGUUCGCUAGCCAGACUGCUGCUGAUGAUUACACCAUGCUAGUGCAGGAGUACGAGGCUGCCAAGGCUAACCCACUUGCCUAA